AUGUCUUCAUCAAACAAGCAACCGCAGGUCAUUAUCGAUCUGAAUAAAAUACUCAAUCUUAACGAUUUGACUGAAGUAAAACGAAUGGAAACUGAAUUCGAAUUGAAUGGCUGGUGUUUCGUCUUAUUACCAACAGAACUUAUUCUAGACUCAAAUCUGACCCAAGAACUAUGGCUAUUGUUUAAGUCUGAUCAUAGAAAGAUUAGAUAUUCACAGCGUAAGGGAAUAUAUGGUUAUUCGAAAGUGAACCAUAAAGAAGGAAUCAAAAUAUUGACCGGAAAUUAUUUUGGAGAAUUUGCAAAUAAGGAAUUGGUGCCAGUGGCACUUAUGAAGCCAUUGAACUAUCUUUCUCAAUUAUUAGAUGCGGUAACAAAGCGUUUAACCGAAAUUCUUGAUCAGUAUUCUGUAUUCCAACGGGAACCGUCUUUGUCAUCUUUCAUCGAACGUGCCGAUUUGCCAUUGAAAGAUGAUCAUUUUGGUAUGCUCGAUAUUAACGAGCAAUCGGCCGAAGAAGUCAAUUGCGUUCCACAUUAUGAUCCGGGACUACUUUCAAUUAGUAUAUUAUCAACACACGAAGGACUUCAAUUGAAAAAUAUGACGAAUAAUGAGUGGAUAGAUGAACUUUUACAACCCAACAUUGGUGUCAUCUGGCUGGGAGAGGCAGCAUAUCGAACUACACAAAAUCGGCUUAAGCCAGGCAUCCAUCGAGUCAUUUAUCCUCAAGAUCCAACAUGUUGA